GAAAUGUCAGCCUCAGUAACAGAUCAAGAAAAAAGAAAACAGAUAUCCGUUCGCGGGAUUGUUGAUGUGGAAAAUGUAGGAAAUUUCAAGAAAACUUUCAAUAGACAUCUUCAUUACACCCUUGUGAAGGAUCGUAAUGUGGCUACGAGCAGAGAUUAUUUCUUCGCCUUGGCACACAGCGUCAAGGACAAUUUAGUUUCUAGAUGGAUACGCACUCAGCAAUACUAUUACGAGAAAGAUCCAAAAAGAGUUUAUUAUCUAUCUCUGGAAUAUUACAUGGGAAGAACUCUUCAAAACACUAUGAUUAAUUUGGGUAUUCAAGGUGCUUGUGAUGAAGCUAUGUAUCAGAUGGGUUUGGAUAUAGAAGAGCUUGAAGAACUUGAAGAGGAUGCUGGCUUAGGAAAUGGAGGUUUAGGAAGAUUGGCAGCUUGUUUCUUAGAUAGCAUGGCUACUCUUGGUCUAGCUUCUUAUGGUUAUGGUAUUCGAUAUGAAUAUGGUAUAUUUGCACAAAAAAUAAAAAAUGGAGAACAAGUAGAAGAACCAGAUGAUUGGUUGCGUUAUGGAAAUCCAUGGGAAAAAGCAAGACCAGAAUUUAUGCUUCCAGUAAACUUCUAUGGACAGGUGAUUGAUACUCCUGAAGGAAAGAAGUGGAUCAAUACGCAAGUUGUAUUUGCAAUGCCAUAUGAUAACCCAGUUCCUGGAUACAAAAAUAAUGUUGUCAAUACUCUCAGAUUGUGGUCUGCUAAAUCUCCUGUAGAAUUUAAUUUGAAAUUCUUUAAUGAUGGUGAUUAUAUUCAAGCUGUAAUAGAUCGCAAUUUGGCGGAAAAUAUCUCUAGAGUAUUAUACCCUAAUGAUAAUUUUUUUGAAGGCAAAGAAUUACGUCUAAAACAAGAAUAUUUUAUGGUAGCAGCAACUCUUCAAGAUAUUAUACGAAGGUAUAAAGCCAGCAAAUUUGGUUCAAGAGAACAUCAUAGAACAGACUUUGACAUGUUUCCUGAUAAAGUGGGUAUUCAGUUAAAUGAUACCCAUCCUUCGUUGGCCAUUCCAGAACUUAUGAGAAUUCUUAUCGAUGUUGAAGGAUUACCUUGGGAAAAAGCUUGGGAUAUCACAACGAGAACAUGCGCUUAUACUAAUCAUACUGUUCUUCCAGAAGCUUUAGAAAGAUGGCCAACAAGCAUGUUAGAAAGCAUUCUGCCGAGACAUUUACAGAUUAUUUAUCAUAUUAAUUUCCUUCAUUUACAAGACGUUUCUGCUAAAUAUCCAGGAGACGUAGAUCGUCUUCGACGUAUGUCUUUGAUCGAGGAAGAGGGUGAAAAAAGGGUUAAUAUGGCGCAUCUUUCGAUUGUUGGUAGUCAUGCUAUUAAUGGAGUCGCCGCAUUACAUUCGGAAAUCUUGAAACAAAGUGUAUUUAAAGACUUUUAUGAACUAACGCCUGAAAAAUUUCAAAAUAAAACUAAUGGUAUUACACCAAGAAGAUGGUUGCUUCUGUGCAAUCCAAAUCUCUCAGAUAUUAUUGAAGAAAAAAUUGGCAGUGAUUGGACAGUACAUCUAGAACAACUUUCUCAAUUAAAACAAUGGGCCAAAGAUCCGGUUUUCCAGCGUAGUGUUAUGAAAGUGAAACAAGAGAAUAAAUUAAAAUUAACGCAAAUGCUUGAGAAAGAUUAUGGAGUUAAAGUCAAUCCUGCUUCCAUCUUUGAUAUUCAAGUGAAACGAAUACAUGAAUACAAAAGACAGCUUCUGAAUUGUUUACACGUAAUCACGUUAUACAAUAGAAUAAAAAAAGAUCCAACUGCGUUAUUCGUUCCUCGAACGGUGAUGAUUGGAGGAAAAGCUGCGCCUGGUUAUCAUUUAGCCAAAAAAAUUAUCAAAUUAAUUUGUAGUGUAGGAAAUGUCAUAAAUAACGAUCCUAUUGUUGGUGAUAAAUUAAAAUUCAUUUUUCUUGAAAAUUAUCGAGUUACAUUAGCGGAAAAAAUAAUUCCAGCAGCAGAUUUGAGUGAACAAAUUUCUACUGCAGGUACUGAAGCUUCCGGUACAGGAAAUAUGAAAUUUAUGUUAAACGGAGCUUUGACAAUUGGUACCUUAGAUGGUGCUAAUGUAGAAAUGGCCGAAGAAAUGGGUAAUGAAAAUAUAUUCAUUUUUGGUAUGACUGUUGAUGAAGUAGGAUUUAAAAAAAAAGGAUACAAUGCUUAUGAUUAUUAUAAUAGAAUACCAGAAUUAAAACAAUGUGUCGAUCAAAUUCAGAGUGGCUUUUUCAGCCCCAAUAAUCCAGAUGAAUUUAAAGAUAUUACUAAUGUUUUAUUAAACUGGGAUAGGUUUUAUUUAUUUGCCGAUUAUGAAAGCUAUAUAAAAAUGCAAGAUCAUGUCAGUAAAGUUUACCAGGACGAAAGUAAAUGGAUUGAAAUGGCAAUUAAUAAUAUAGCUUCUUCAGGAAAAUUUUCAUCGGAUCGAACUAUUGCAGAAUAUGCUCGUGAAAUUUGGGGCGUUGAGCCAUCUUGGCAACGACUUCCAGCACCUCAUGAACCACGAGAUAUUUAAUUCAUGAUUUUUUAUUAUGUAUAUUAUAUAAUAGUUUUUUUUUAUUUUAUUUUAGUGAAUAUCUUCUAUAAACGAGCAUAAUUUUACAUCAAAAUCAAUAAAAUAAGAAUAUUAAUUUAAAAUUUUAUUAAAAUGACUUAGAAUUUCUUAAAAAUUUAAUUCAUUAUUUAUUUAUUUAUUACUUCUGCAUUGAGUGAAAUAUAGAAUCAAAUA